CAGUCGCCCAUGCCCCUUUUUGCCCUCCGCGCUCAGCGGGGGAAGAAGCGUGAACUUGAACGCUGCCUCCACAGCUCGGUGCGAGCCCAGACAGAGGCCAAACACUCUUAUCAGUCCGACCCCGUCGCUCAAGUUUUGGUCAACUUAUCGGAGAAGGAGCAGCUGGACGGAGUCUGGUUUGGGUUUGGGACCCUAAAAGGUGCCAAACGCUCGACGAGAUGUCCAGACGCAAACUUGGAAGCAGACCGCAGCACCUGAGUGCAAUUCAAGAUACCACUGAUGGGGAGGAUGGUACAGGCUCAUCAGGUGAUCAUCGUCCUCCACCUCCUCCUCCACAGGUUCGAGCCCCUGGCAGUGGUCGAGACCUCCUAACUUGUGGACAGUGCAGCCAGGCCUUCCCCCUGGCACACAUCCUGGCCUUCAUCCAGCACAAACAAGGAGGUUGCAGCUCACGAAAUCAAGCCCCUAACACCAGUGCCACUCCUCCCUCACCUGCCAGCCGAGCAAGGCAUCAGCAGGCCACCAGCGUCGAGCCGGCACCCGGCUUCAUCGAGCUGCGGCGAGGGGCGGCCAGAGACGGAGCCUGGGGGGAGGAGCUAGGUAUGAGCGUGAGAGCAGAGCACAGCAAAUCAGUACCAGAGGAGCCGUUGUAUUUCACCUGCCAGCAGUGUGAAGCUGUUUUUCCAUCUGCUUGGGCACUCUUACAGCAUGCUCAGCACAUACAUUCCUUCAGCAUCUACCAAGAGGAUGAGGAGGAUGACCCAGUCAUGAGAAGAGGAGGAGGAAGAGGGGGUCUUAAAGAGCACAAAUCUGCUGCAGCAGUUCUGGACCCAUGCCGGCUGAGCCAAGCUCUUGCCUCAGCUUUCCAGCCCUCUUCUCGACGCCGUUCACGUCAGGCACACACAACAUCCACCACCAGCAACUUGCAGGCUGUGAACUUCUCAGUGCGGCUCAAGGAGCUUGCUGAGGGGGGUAACACCAGUGGCAGCUCUCCCAGAGGCCUUAUGCUGUCACCAUCCUCGUCUCCACCAGCAGCUUCACCUUUUCCUCAGACUGGUGGGCUUCAGGCCGACUUCCACUGUGGGAUGUGUGACCAGAACUUCCAGUCGCUGCGUGCCCUGUCUGCCCAUCGCCGGACUCACUCCUGUGAAAAGCCCUAUCACUGUGGAGUGUGUGGGCUGGCUUUCGGCCAAAGCGGACAGCUAGCUCGCCAUAUAAGAAGCCAUCACCAAGAGGCAGGUGGAGGAAAUGGGUGUGAGUCAGGGGAGAUGAUGAUAACGGAGGAAGAUGCUGGGAGGCAGGGGGUGAGAGGGAGGCUUCAGAUGCAGCCAGUUGGAAUCAUGGGAAAGUCAAUGAUUGGUACAGAUCUAAGAGCUCCAGGUGCUUCUGAGCUUGACCUGACACUCCCCAAACACCCUUCAAUACCUGCAGGCCUCAUGCUGCUGACCUCCCAGUUAAGACCACCAGACAGGGAGCUGUUGAGGCUGUACCAACGCCGGAGAGAGGGAGGAGAGGGAGGUGAAGAGGAAGCAGAGGGACAAGGAGAGCCCCAGCACACCUCACCCUGUGCCAGUCCCUCUGAAGGCUCAUUGGAGAGCGGAGAGACAGGAGGGAGCGGUGAGAGCGGCAUUGCUAGUGGCAACUGCACACCCAAACGUCCAGAGAUGGGCGACCGAGUGCGAGGAGUCGGAGAGUGGGAAAAUGAAAGAGGAGAGCUCAUUGAUAGGGAUAGGGAGAAAGAGUGGAGCUCAGCUACAGUCAGCGAGGUUGUGCAGGAGUGGCAGAGGGAUAAUGAGCGAAGGAGCGUCACAGGAGGGGCGAGCACUGGAGGAAAUAGCAAUACAUCUGCUGGACUGACUGGUAAGAAAAAGAAAGAUGAGGCAUGCGAGUACUGUGGCAAACAGUUCAGAAACAGCAGCAACCUGACUGUUCACCGUCGUAGUCACACGGGUGAACGGCCAUACCGUUGUGGCCUCUGCAACUACGCCUGCGCCCAGAGUUCAAAGUUAACACGCCACAUGAAAACCCAUGGUGCCCAGGGAGCAAAGGCUUCCUUUUUGUGCCAACUGUGUUCAGUUCCUUUCACUGUCUACGCCACCUUGGAGAAACACCUGAAGAAAGUUCAUGGCCUGAGUCAUGCCAGUGUGGGAGCUUAUGCACAGGCCAGUGCUGCAGACACUUUAGCAGCUUUAAGGGCAGGGGAAGAACCUGUGGUGGUGAAAAUGGAAGAUGAUGAGGCCACUUUAGAUCAAAUAGACCUGGAUAACAAAAUGCUAAGCAAUGUGGUGAGCAGCAUGGAGGCGGUGAGCAACAUGAAGAUGGAGGAUGGGCAAAGCCUGGCAGAAUGUGUGGAGGGCAGAGGACCUUCUGCCAGCGUGGAAGAUCUCCCAUGUGAAAGCAGUGCAGAUCCAAGCUUAGCUUUGAUGUCCACACUCUGAGAGCUGUACUCGGCCACAAAGGAAAAAUAGCACUGUAUAAGAUUUAACUUGCCCAUGCAAUUAAAACUGAAGCAGAUCUACUGUAGAAAGCAGCAGGUAGCCACGUCCUGCCUGCCAGCCCCAAGGUACCACUGCAGCCACCAGUUGUUCACAAUUGUAUGCAAAGCUGCUGGUUGAAACUACAUGCCUACAGUUCUUCAGACCACAGAGAAAAACAAAGCCAUGACAUUCAACAGGGAGAUUACCAUAGCUCAUGAACAGGAAGUGAACUGCCACAGUCCACACCGACACAGGAAACUGAUCACCAUGUUGCAGCGCAGGAUGCAAAAGACGUGUGAUUUAUGUCUUUGGUGACCCACUGGACAGAUGGAAACAGAUCAUAACGUUCAGAUAACACGCAUAACAAAUUAUAUUGAUUUAAAAAGAAAAAAGGCUUAAAAAUACGUUAUUCAACACCAGCAAAUAGAAGGAGGUCAUGUUGUUCUACCUAGCUCUUUUCUUUUGAGAAGACCUUUUAAAGACUAAAGACUUUUGAACGGACACAGAGCUGAAAUGAAUCCAAACACUGUCUGCCUGCAGUUUCUCACACUCCUCUUUUUAAAAGCGCUUGGUUGUCACAACACUUGUCACUUAAUGUUUACAAGGCUCAGGGGGCUGAACAAGGUUGUGCUCCUGACUUUGUGACAGUUUGUGUGGAUUAUUUUCUGUUCUCUUAUUCUUUUUGCUUCUGAUUUUAUAAAUGUGAAUAUGGAGACUUCAAGUCUCAUUUGCUGAUGUUUUUGUAUUAGUUUCUAUGCAUAAAAAAAACAGCAAUUUUACCUACAUGUGAAACGGGUGUAUAUAAUUUUUCUCUGAACUAUUGUGAUGGUAAUUCCUCUCUUUCAUUGUUUACAUUUGUAAAGUGCCGGACUGAUUUAAGCUUGUGCAUGUUUUGCAGCCGUUGAGACUUUGUUUUUGCUUGUUUUUAAAUUCGUCCUAAUUUAUGGAUGCUGCAUGUUCGUGGUGCUUGUGCAACUGAAAAAAUCUGUAUCACUGCUGAGCUACAGGGUCGACAGGUACAGCGUAGCUAGUUGAUUUUGACGAGUGUUGUGAGAGGCCGCCAAGCGAGCACUUGGGUAAGUGAGUGGUGUGAAAGUUUAAGUGCGUGUGACCACUUAUUGGGUAAAAAUCCUCUAGUAACGCUCAAAGCCCCUGCUGUGAUCUUGCGUCACAUGCAUGACUCGAUCGGACAUAAUCAGUGUCGAGCUUCUGGAAGGUCAUUGUGUGUGACCAAUGAGGAUUUAAACACAAGUUAAACUUGAGAAUUGAAACCUUCAAACAGACUGUUGCCACCUCUUUCAUGACUACUGAUAUGACUUUACAUUAUCUGAUCAAAUUGUGGUGUGUGUUGUUUCAAAGUGAUUUCUGAGCGAAUACAGUGUAACUGUUCAGGGAUAAUAUUUUGUAUAUAGAUUCUUGCUGUUGCAAUCCUUAUUGUUGUUGCUCAUAAUAAUAUCUACCUGUCCUUAUUACAUGCGCUUAAUUUCUUCCAGCAUUCCUUUUUGAUUCCUUUUAGGCUCAAAACUGGCUAUUGUGAAGCUAUUCUGCUCUGUCUUUGUAAACUUGACACAAUUUUGUAAUUAACCUUGUCACAAGGAGCCUCAAUAAAGAAAUGAGGUAAAAUGUU